UGUGAAGUACACAACAUAUAUUUCCUCUUCAUUUUGUUUAAUAUGACAAACUUCAACUUUGAAAUAUUGCUUACUCAUUGUCAAACCUCUUGUUGUGGAGUUAGCGGAGUUCACUGCCGUAGAGCGAGGAAACGUUUAAUUUUUGCUCCCAAAUCCGCUCCUCUGAAUUAAUCCCACAGAAGGUGCAUUUAGUCAGUGAAACAAAUUGUGGUGUUCACGCACGCCCAUGCUUGUUGCCUGCUGUGACGAGACUGACUGUCGUGGCCGUUCCUAAUUGGCUGCUCCGAGAACAUUAUUUUCAAAUUUCCCUCUGCCGGCCGUGCAUGUCAAAGAGGAUUGUUUGACAGCUGUCAAGCUCCUUAUUGCUCCCUCAACACGCCAUGUGCAUCUUUUCAUGCUUCCCUAACUCUGUUAUGAUACUUGAAUUCUAUUUGACAGGGCCGAGCAUACAGGAUUUCCCUCAAUGCAUACUCUUGUAAAAUGAGCAUGAAGAAGUAAGGCACUUUAAGCUCGAAACACACAACAUGAGGAUCCAUAUUUAGUACUUUGUUCAAAGACACUGGCACCAGGGGUCAUAGGGGGCAAAGAUGACCAAAAGGCCAAUCGGAUCGCUUCAGUUGUCUCCUUCAAAUGUUCACCAGUAGUCCUCCUGCACUCCUUUUAAAUUGAGGACUUGACAGGAUGGCCACCUUAAAGGAGAUAUGCAGCGGUUUGCCACUGGACCCUUUGCCACCCAACCGAGGAAGAGACCCCAACGUGCCCCACGCACCUGUUCGGACCCCAAACCUCACAGCCCAAGAGCGGCGGCUGGCACUGAGGAACGCCCUGCGCUAUUUCCCCCCGGCCCAUCAUACGACACUCGCGCCUGAAUUUGCACAAGAGCUGCGGCAGUAUGGGCACAUCUACAUGUACCGCUUUUGUCCCGCGUCGAGUCUGCGAGCGCACCCAAUACACGAGUUCCCUUGCCGCACACGCCAAGCCGCCGCCAUCAUGCUUAUGAUCAUGAACAACCUGGACCCAGCUGUGGCCCAGUUUCCCCAGGAGCUGGUCACCUACGGAGGAAAUGGACAAGUGUUCAGUAACUGGGCUCAGUUCCGUCUGGUGAUGAAUUACCUGAGCGAGAUGACGGAGGAGCAGACGCUGGUCAUGUACAGUGGCCACCCCCUGGGUCUGUUCCCCAGCCUGCCCUCCUCCCCCCGCGCCAUCAUCACCAACGGCUUGGUCAUUCCGAACUACUCCUCCAGGGAGCAAUAUGAAAGGAUGUUUGCUCUCGGCGUGUCAAUGUAUGGUCAAAUGACAGCCGGAAGUUACUGCUAUAUUGGACCUCAAGGGAUUGUUCAUGGCACUAUGCUGACUGUUCUGAAUGCCGGUCGGCGGUACCUGGGCUCCGGCGACCUGAGGGGACGCGUCUUCGUGACUUCCGGCCUCGGGGGCAUGAGCGGCGCUCAAGCGAAAGCCGCUGUCAUCGCCGGCUGCGUCGGCGUCAUCGCGGAGGUGGACGAGGCUCCUCUCAAAAAGAGACACGAGCAAGGCUGGCUGAUGGAGGUCACCGCGGACGUCGAUCGCUGCAUUGAACGCAUCAGAGAAACCAGACGUUCAAAGACUCCACUCAGUUUGGGUUACCACGGCAAUGUUGUUGACUUAUGGGAGCGGCUGCUGUUGGAGUACCAGAGGACGGGUGAGCUCCUGGUGGAUUUGGGCUCGGACCAAACCUCGCUCCACAACCCCUUCAACGGAGGCUACUACCCGGUGCAGCUCGGCUUCCGCCAGGCCAACCAGCUCAUGUCCACCGAUCCCAGUCGCUUCCGCAGCUUGGUCAAAGAAAGCCUCCGGAGACACGUGAACGCAAUCAACAAGCUGUCAGAUGCCGGCAUGUUCUUUUGGGACUAUGGCAACGCUUUUCUGCUGGAGGCGCAAAGAGCCGGGGCUGAGGUUGAAAAGGUUGGUGGUGGCGAGACAGAAUUCCGCUACCCAUCCUACGUCCAACACAUUAUGGGAGACAUUUUCUCCCUGGGGUUCGGUCCAUUUCGCUGGGUGUGCACAUCCGGCGACCCCCAGGACCUCGCCACAACGGACCACAUCGCCGCCUCGGUCCUGGAGCACUUGAGCGCCGGUGUGACUGACAGAGUCAGACAGCAGUACGACGACAACAUCCUCUGGAUCCGGGAGGCGGGAAAGCACAAAAUGGUUGUGGGAUCCCAGGCCAGAAUUCUCUACUCAGACCAGAAAGGAAGAGUAACCAUUGCUUUGGCCAUAAACCAAGCCGUUGCUGAAGGAAAAGUUUCAGCUCCAGUGGUGAUUAGCAGAGACCACCAUGAUGUGAGCGGUACCGACAGCCCCUUCAGGGAGACCUCCAACGUCUAUGAUGGCUCUGCGUUCUGCGCAGAUAUGGCGGUCCAGAACUUUGUCGGUGAUGCGUUCCGGGGUGCGACCUGGGUAGCCCUGCACAACGGUGGCGGUGUGGGCUGGGGUGAGGUAAUGAACGGAGGAUUUGGACUUCUUUUGGACGGCUCCGAGGAGGCAGCGAAGCGAGCCUCAUUGAUGCUCAACUGGGACGUCUCCAAUGGGGUGGCGCGUCGUAGCUGGUGUGGAAAUUCCAAUGCCUACGAGACAAUCCAGCGCACCAUGGAGGAAAAUGCACGUCUUCGGGUCACCCUGCCCUUUCCUGUACACGAUGAUCACGUGCUGGACCGGGCGCUGCAGGGCUAACAUCUAAGCACUACAAUGAGAACACCACAAAUGUGAUUACCUGUCCACAUACAAAUUAAGCAUGAUGCAAGAAAAGUGUCAACAUAGCUUUAUUCACAAUAUUAGAAUAAAUCAUAUCCAUUCAUCCAUUUUCUAAAGCAUU